AUGGCUAAAGUCGUUGAGUUAGUGUUAAAUGAGCUACCAGAAAAGAAGGGUGAUCCGGGAAGCAUCUCGAUUCCUUGUCAAUUUGGAAACAUAAUUGCUACUCAGGCAUUGACCGAUUCGGGUGCAAGUAUUAAUCUAAUGCCAUAUUCUUUCUUCAAAAAGUUAAAUUUGUCGGAGCCAAAGCCUAUUAAUAUGAAGAUCCAUCUAGCAGAUAAGACAAUCAUUCGUCCAAAAGGUGUUUGUGAAGAUAUUCUCAUAAAGGUUGACAAAUUUGUAUUCCCCGUGGAUUUUGUAAUACUUGACAUGGAAGAAGACCCCAAAGGUCCAAUUAUUUUGGGGAGACCAUUUUUGAACACCGCAUGUGCAUUAGUAGAUGUAUGCGAGUCUACAAUAACAUUAAGGGAUGGGAGAUGA